AUGGACGAAGCAAGCUCUAGUGCAGCAAACAACUCCAUUCGACAGGCAUCCAUCACGAAUAUGGCGGCAAAGUCCCACACCAACGGUCAGAUUGUUGAACAACGGGGCCAGCAAUGUUCCGAUUGCUCCCAUGUUGGCUCUUCUGGAUUGAAUGAAGAUGAUACGGGACAAGUCGGGUCCACCAAAUCGCUGUCCGAAGAUGCCAUUAAAUAUGUCUUUGAGAAUGGCCGUCGCUACUGCAACGACACCUACUGUUUACCCAACGAUGAAAUUGAACAAACCCGCCAAAGCAUCCUGCAUCAGCUUUACCUCUGCGCCUUAGACGGCGAACUGACUCCAUAUCCCCUGCCUGAUUCUCUCUCCCGUGUGCUGGACCUGGGUGCCGGCUCCGGUGAUUGGGCAAUUGCCAUUGGCGAGGAAUACCCAGAUGUCGAAGUUAUAGCCACUGAUAUUAGCCUUUUUGAUCCGCAGUCUGUCAGCAUUGCUCCGCCAAACGUAUAUUUCCAAAUAGACGACGCCGACGGCAAAUGGACCUUCCACGAGCCAUUCGAUUUUAUCCAUAUACGAGACCUCUCCCGGGCCAUCUCUGACUGGCCCACCCUUUAUCAACAGGCUUUUGAGCACCUGCAGCCUGGCGGUUUCAUCCAAAUCUCAGAUGGAAACCUGUCCGCGAAUUCAUUACCUCCAAACUCAUAUUUUAACAUAUUUAUAUCAGCAAUCCGCUCCGCCACCGAAGUGGCGGGGUAUAUCCCAGAAUUAGAACAUCUUCGACCCAGCGCGUUGGCCGCUGCGGGGUUUGAGAACAUCCGCACCUACGACAUCGAGGUGCCUAUCGGAACAUGGCCGACUGAGCCAAAAAGGAAAACAAUGGGGAAAAUGGCUCUUAUCGUGUUAUUGGAGGGCUUGGAAGCCAUGAGCCUUCGCCUUCUUACCAAAUAUAUUGGAUGGACGGCGGAAGACGUCCUGGAUUUAUGUGAGAAAGUCAAAAUGGAGAUUGUGAAUUGUGAAGGAGCGCCUGGGUGA